AUGUGGAAGGCCAUCAACGGAAGAGUGUUUCCCGAAGGCAUGGUUCCAGUGUGGAACGCCUUCAUUGAAGUCUUUAAUGGAAAGUACUUUUCUGACUGCGCUAGAGAACAAAAGAUGGCAGAAUUUCAACAUCUCUAUCAAGGUCUGAUGUUUGUAGACCAGUACGAUGCAAAAUUUGUCGAGUUGUCCCAAUAUGCCCCCAGAUUGAUGGAGGAUCUAGUGAACAGAGUUAGGAGGUUCAAAGAUGAGGUGGGUUGUCAAGAUUACCUGGUGACUGUGGUGGAUACAACAGUUGAGGAGCUGAAGAUGGAGGACAUUGCUGUGGUACAAGAGUUUUUGGAUGUGUUUCCUCAAGAGUUACUUAGUUUGCCCCCAGAAAGGGAGAUCGAGUUUAUAAUUGAGUUGGCCCCCGGGACGGAGCCAAUCUCUAUGACUCCUUACCGUAUGGCGUUAUCAAAAUUGAAGGAAUUAAAGGUGACUAUCAAGAAUAAGUACCCGUUGUCAAGGAUUGAUGACUUGUUUGACCGGCUGCAAGGAGUGUCGAUAUUUUCUAAGAUCAACCUGAGGAUAAGGUAUCAUCAGCUAAGGAUCAAGAAAGAAGACAUACCGAAGACGGCGUUUCGUACAUGUUACAGCCAUUAUGAGUUUACCAUAAUGCUGUUUGGUUUGACCAAUGUCCCAGCUACUUUUAUGGAUCUAAUGAAUCGAGUAUUCAAGGAGUAUUUGAAUCCGUUCAUGAUAGUGUUUAUUAACGACAUCCUGGUAUACCCGAGAAGUCUAGAGGAGUACGAAAGACAUUUGAGGACAGCGCUUUAG